AUGACGACUCAUGCUACAGGUGGUGACGGUGGUGCCCCUGGGGGAGAGCCUAAGAAGUUAUGGGGUGGAGCGUUCAGCGAAAAGAUCGAUCCGCUCAUGGAAAAGUUCAACGAAAGUUUAUCCUUUGACCGACGAAUGGCGUUGGAAGAUAUCGAAGGGUCCAUCGGAUACGCCUCUGCGUUAGCCCGGACUGGGAUCAUCACCGAAGAAGAGAGAAACGAAAUCCACAAAGGUUUAAAGAAAGUCUUGGAGGAGUGGCAGAGCGAUGCAUUUGUCGCGAAGGAAGGCGACGAGGACAUCCACACCGCCAACGAACGACGGUUGUGCGAGGUCAUCGACUCAAACAUUGGAGGGAAGUUACACACGGGUAGGUCGAGGAACGACCAAGUUGCCACGGACACGAGAAUGUGGCUGAGAAAAGAGUUGACGGUGUUGAGAAAGUAUUUAAGAACUUUAAUUGAAGUUGCGAUCGACAGAGCGGAAAAAGAAGUGGAUCACGUGAUGCCGGGAUUUACGCACUUGCAGUCGGCGCAGACGGUUCGAUUUUCGCACUGGUUAUUGUCGCACGCCGCAGCGUGGCAAAGAGACGACAUGCGUUUGAAAGAUUUGAUGCCGAGAGUUAAUACGAUGCCGCUGGGAAGUGGUGCAUUAGCUGGGAAUCCAUUUGGUGUCGAUCGACAGCUGUUGGCGAAAGAUUUGAACUUUGAACGCGUCUGUCCAAACUCCAUGGACGCAGUUUCCGAUCGCGAUUUCGUCAUUGAAACUAUGUUUUGGGCGAGCAUGACACUCAUGCACAUCUCGAGAUGGUCGGAAGAUUUGAUCGUGUACUCUUCCCAACAGUUUGGCAUGAUGCAGAUGUCUGACGCGUACUCAACCGGAAGUUCCCUCAUGCCGCAAAAGAAAAACCCAGACGCGUUGGAAUUGUUGAGAGGGAAAGCCGGGAGACAAAUCGGAACGCUGACGGGUUUACUGUGCAUCUUAAAAGGCACGCCGACUACGUAUAACAAAGAUUUCCAGGAAGGUUGGUUGGGGAUGUUUGAAACCGUGGACACGAUGUCUGAUUGCUUACAAAUAGCCGCCGGAUGUUUAGCGACGAUGAAGUUGAACCCGGAGAAGAUGAAAUCGUCUCUCGUCGCGGAAAUGUUGGCCACGGAUUUAGCUGAAUAUUUAGUGAGAAAAGGCAUGCCGUUUCGCGAAACGCACCACAUUUCUGGCGCGGCGGUGAAAUUAGCCGUCGAUAAAAAAGUCCCGUUAGACCAACUCACCGUGGACGAUUUGAAAUCCAUCUGUGACAAGUUUGAAGAUGACGUCGCGGAAAUUUGGUCGUACGAAAAGUCCGCGGAGAGCAGAGACACGGAAGGCGGGACCAGUCGCAGGUCAGUUCUCGAACAGUGCGCAAAGUUAAGAGCGUACUUGAAAGAAACCGAGUAG